CCCCUCUCUCUCUCUCUUAAUUUUCGGGAAAAGCAGACUUUGGUUAGCUCUUAGCUGUACAAAAGCCCCUUGGUUACCGACUCUUGAAAGAUCUGCAGAUCAUUUCUCUUUCUGCUUUUCCUCUGCCACUGUUUAUCCAAAUUAAAUACUGCGGAGGGAGAGAGGCAAAGGCAAUCUAAGCUCUGGAUCUCUAGUUAUAAUAAGAAGCUUAAAAGGCCAUAAUCAACUUUAUAGCUGGCAGUGAAAUGGCAAGUCGAGUUAAAGAAGACGAGAAGAAUGAACGAAUAAUUCGGGGACUUUUGAAGCUUCCUGAGAACCGGAGAUGCAUCAACUGUAAUUGCUUGGGACCGCAAUAUGUUUGCACAAAUUUCUGGACAUUUGUUUGCACCAACUGUAGUGGCAUACAUCGGGAAUUCACCCACCGAGUAAAAUCAGUAUCAAUGGCUAAAUUUACGUCACAAGAAGUUGCUGCUCUUCAAGGAGGAGGAAAUCAGCGUGCAAGAGACAUUUAUCUUAAAGAAUGGGAUCCACAGCGUCAGUCUGCCCCUGAUGGCAGCAAUGUAGAGAGACUUCGAGACUUUAUUAAACAUGUUUAUGUAGAUAGACGCUACACGGGUGAGAGGAACUACGGAAAGCCUCCAAGUGCAAAGUUGGGUGACAAAGAGGACUCAUACCAAGGUGGAUCUCGAAGCCCACCUUAUGAGGACACGUAUGAACGCCGUUACAGUGACAUGUCUAGUCCUGGAGGAAGAAGUGAUGACAGAAAUAGAUAUGGGUAUGAUGAAAGAAGAAGUCCUGGAUAUGAACAAGAAAGUCGACAGUAUAAUGAUAACAACAGAAGUCCUGCACGUCCUGAUAUAGUCAAUGAUUGGCGUCGGGAGGAUAGAUUUGGAAAUGGUAAGAAGGCUGAUGAUCGUAGAAUGUCUGAUGGAGAUUCUAAGCUGGAAAGUAGGUCGCCUGAGCGGCUGAAAGAUCCAGAGGCUUCUAGCCCCCCUGUUGUACGACCGGUAAGAGAAAUUUUGGGAGAUAAUAUAAUGCCUCUUCGUAUAAGUGAACCUCCAAAAGCCAAUGUUGUAAGAGCUGCUGAUGGCUUUGCACAGACACAGAGAACUGCAUCUUCUAGUAGUUUGGGGUCCACCAAUGGAAACUCAAUGGAGGUUAAAGUGGAGAAUACUGCCAGCUUAAUUGAUUUUGAUGCUGAUCCUGAACCACCACCUGUUGUUACCACAGCCCCUCAAGUACAACAGACAACUGUGUCUCAAUCCCUUGCACAACCUGCAAGUACAACAAAUGACAACAAUUGGGCUUCUUUUGAUUUUGUCUCGGAGGUUAAGGUAUCUCAAACUUCUUCAAAUGCAAAUCCAUUGGAAUCUGUUCUCUCGCAAUUGUCGAUGACACAAUCUGUACCUGGUCAAAUCUCUGGGAUGCCAAGUGGUUCUGGUACUCCAGCAGUUGCAUCUGUGAGCCAUGCAGCGCCAAGUGCCACUGCUUCACCUACUGUGGUAGCAGGUGAUGCACUUAUAUUGCCUCUCAAUGUUGGUGCUUCUCCAGUGUCACCAGCUAAUAUAUUUUUGACAUUUCAUCCUGGUGGUGUUUCAUCAGGUGCCCCUGGAUUGGUGCCUACAAUGCCCAUUAACAGUGGCAAUUCCUUUGGCAAAGUUAAUGAGGCAGGGCAAUGGCCUAGUGUGCAGCAUCAGCAACCGCAUCUAAUUCCUGCUUCCAGUGGUCAGUCUACCACUCAACAACAUAGACCACCAAUUUAUGGAGCUUCAGGCAACCAGACUUGGAAUUAUUCAGUGGCCCCUAAUGUGCAAGCAGCUUUUAGUACCUCAUCUGUUGGAGUACCCCAAGUUGUCUCUGCACCUGCCCCAGCAGUUGCCUCAGCUGGUAUAUCACAACCCGCAUCUGCAGAAGUAAAACCAACCGGAAGAAAAGAACUGCCUGUGGAUCUUUUCACUGCAACCUAUUCAUCUUUCCCUGCAGCAAUUCCAGUGUGGCAAACUGGUCCACCCCAUGGUAUGGGGUUCGCAAUGCAAUAUAGUAAUGCUGCAGUGCCUAUGCCAACUUAUGUCCAGCAAUCAAAGUCUACAAAUCCAUUUGAUCUCAAUGAGUCAUCUCCAGCACAAGUCCAUACUUUUCCUUCCAUGGCACCCUUGCAAGGUGCUCUUCCAAAUAUGCCACCAUCUUCAGGCUUACAACGCGCUUCUAGUCUUGGGACUCCCUCAUCAGCAUGGAUGCCAUCCCAGUCGUUGCCUUAUCCAUCAGCAUUGCCUUCCCAGCCACCACCUUAUGCAUCAGCUAUGCCUCCAAGGGCGUAUAUGGCACAAGUACCAAGUAACAUGUCAUUUUCUGGGCAUCAGGGAGUGGGUGGCUUCAGCACUGACGGAGCUGCUUUUGGUGCCAUAAAUAUGGAUCAACAGUUGGCUGGUAGAUUCUCAGCCCCUGCCGCCCCAACAUCUUUCUCUUCUGUUGGAGGGAACCCAUUUGGAUAAAUGCAAACGAAACGAAUCUCCGUCCUUAUUUUAGAAGCAUCAACUUGUUGCUUCCUUCCAAUCGCUGGUGUAAAGUUCUGGUCAUAUUGUUUUAUUUAAAUCAUCCAGCCAAGUUAAAGGAUGCCUGUGUUUUUCAAGCAAAAAAAUUGUCCAUAGCAGUCCUGAAAAUUGAUCGGAGAGCAAGAGAGAGGGAGAGAGUAAUUAUAAUUUUAAAAGGGUAGACUACUUCCUGUGGAUUAGGUUCAUUUUUUUUUUUAUGUGCCUAAAAUGUCUAAUUGCAUUUGUAUUGUUCAUUGAGAGUGAUCCGUGUUGCCUGUAUCAUUUUUGUGUGUUUUCUUGUGCUCGUAGAUGCCAUCAUUUUUUUUCCUGUCUUUUCAUGUAUGAUUUCAUAAGUUCAUGGUGUGGUGAGCGGUUGAGUCUGUGAAAAGGUUGUGAAACAAUUGUUAUAGUUGAGUACAGUUUGUAUGCAUAUAUUGUUUAGUAAGAUGAUUUUUUCUUUCAAUUGCAGUA